CUACCAUUAUAAAGUGAGAAUCUUUAAAAACAAAUCAACAUUGUUCUUUAGUAUUGCUGGCAGAAUUAUCGGCAGUCAAUUUUAUUAUAAAAACACAAUGAAAUUCGUUAUUUUAAUUACUGCUCUUGCAGCAGUUGCCUUCGCUGAAGAUGAAUUUUGUUACCAAACUGCACAACGUUUUUGUAGUGCACAAGGUAGCGAUUUGGAAUGUAACGCAAAAUACGGAGGUAUUACUACUGUAUUAACUGAUUUACAAAAAUAUGUAACCAGACAUAUUGAGGUAUCAUUCGAUUAUUUACUUCUUUCAACACAUUUUGGUAACUACGAAAAAGAACGUAAUGGUUUCAAAAAAUUAUACCGUAAAUUAUCUGAUGAAAAGUGGGCUAAAUCCAUGGAUAUUAUUAAGAAGAUCGCUCAACGUGGUGGAUCAAUGGACUUUAAUGUUCGUGAUACAUCCAACAAAACAUUGACUUUUGAAGUAUCCGAGUUGGAAAGUUUGGCUAAAGCUUUGGAUAUUGAGAAAUCAUUAGCGAAACAAGGUAUUCAAAUCCAUGGACAAGUUUCGCAUAAAGCAAGUGGUACUGAAGAAGGAAGUACUGUGUAUGAUCCUGAAAUUGGUCACUACUUAGAAGAAGAAAUAAUGGAAGGUCAAGCAAAGAAUGUUCGUGAAUUAUCUGGUUAUACCAACGAUUUAAGCACACUUCUUCAUACUGAUGGAGAAUCCAGUGCUAUUUCAUUAUUCUUGUUUGAUGAAUAUUUGAGUCAAAAUAUUUAAGUUUAAAAAAAAGAAACUUUUUUUUUUUUUUAAUAAA